AUGGAUGCGCUGUGCCGUACUGCCGCUCGAAAGUAUUUAGGAAGUCCCACUGUUCAUGGCCUGUUGAGGGUAGUUGUUGCUGUGGGUGGAGAUUUGAAGGGGCUUGAAAUGGGAAGGUUGAGGGCUGCUGAAAAUGCAAACUUUGAUUAUGAUGAUGAUGAUGAUGAUGAUAGGUUGAAAGGAGAAACCUUUCUUGAAGAUAUGCUCCACACAGAAUCAAAUCAUCAAUCAAAUCUUAGGCUUCAAUCCCCACUAGUUCAAGAGCACGGUCCAAAAAGGAAAGCAGCUCGUCAGGAUUACAAAUCCGAGUACAAAAAAGGUUCGGACGAAGAUUGA